GUUACUGCAGCAGCAGGACCACAUCAAUUAUUUAUAUUACAACCAUAUGAAUCUAUAAUUUAGUUGUUGUUAUUAUUACACGUUUUUAUGAUAUUAAAUUGAAUUGGAUAAACAUAAACAUCAUCCAUCCACUUCAUUUUUUUUCAACAAUUUCACCACACUACAAUCCAAUUUUACACUCAAAUCAAAAAUCCCCAAUUUCAAUCAUGCCACUGCAAAACAACACUUGAGUCAGUAAAAACAUGGCUGAUACGGUGGAGCUUCCGAGUCGGUUAGCAAUUCUUCCUUUCAAGAACAAAGUUCUAUUACCUGGUGCCAUCAUCCGAAUUCGUUGCACUUCACCUACCAGUGUGAAGUUGGUGGAACAAGAACUAUGGCAACGAGAAGAGAAAGGGAUGAUUGGUAUUUUGCCAGUACGUGAUACUGCUGCUGCUUCUGAAACUCCUACUGUAUCAGAUUCUGUUGACCAAACCUCAAAAGUUCAUGGUGGUUCAUCAGAUUCUAAUACCAAAGUUCAAAAUGAUGUUCAUUGGCAUAACAGGGGGGUAGCUGCUCGAGCGUUACACUUAUCGAGGGGAGUGGAGAAACCAAGUGGGAGGGUCACAUAUAUAGUUGUUCUUGAAGGUUUGUGCAGAUUUAAUGUACAGGAACUAAGCACAAGAGGAACAUACCAUACCGCAAAAAUAUCUUCCCUUGAGAUGACUAAGACCGAGAUGGAACAGGUGGAGCAUGACCCAGAUUUUAUAAUGUUAUCACGUCAAUUUAAAGCAACAGCCAUGGAGCUUAUUUCUGUUCUGGAGCAGAAACAAAGUACCGGUGGACGGACGAAAGUUCUUUUGGAGACUGUUCCGGUUCACAAGUUGGCUGAUAUAUUUGUUGCUAGCUUUGAGAUAAGUUUUGAAGAACAACUAUCAAUGUUGGAUUCUGUUGAUGCUAAAGUGAGGCUUUCAAAAGCAACUGAAUUGGUUGAUAGGCAUUUACAGUCAAUACGUGUAGCUGAGAAAAUUACACAAAAAGUUGAAGGACAAUUGUCAAAAUCUCAAAAAGAGUUUCUUCUGCGCCAGCAGAUGAAAGCUAUAAAGGAGGAACUUGGUGAUAAUGAUGAUGAGGAGGAUGACCUGGCUGCCUUGGAAAGGAAGAUGCAAAGUGCAGGAAUGCCACAAAAUACCUGGAAGCUUGCUAUUAGAGAGUUCAGGAGAUUGAAAAAAAUGCAGCCUCAGCAACCUGGUUAUAGCAGUUCACGGGCUUACCUGGAACUUCUUUCUGAUCUGCCAUGGCAGAAGGCCAGCAAAGAGCAUGAACUGGACUUAAGAGCUGCACAAGAGCGCCUGGACAAUGAUCACUAUGGUUUAGUGAAGGUCAAGCAACGGAUCAUUGAAUACCUAGCUGUUCGUAAGCUUAAACCAGAUGCAAGAGGUCCUGUGUUGUGCUUUGUUGGACCUCCCGGUGUUGGGAAAACUUCAUUGGCAUCUUCUAUUGCUGCUGCUCUGGACCGAAAAUUUGUGCGCAUAUCCCUUGGUGGAGUCAAGGAUGAGGCUGAUAUUAGAGGACAUAGGAGAACAUACAUUGGAAGCAUGCCUGGGAGGCUUAUAGAUGGACUGAAGAAAGUAGCUGUUUGCAAUCCCGUCAUGUUGCUAGAUGAAAUCGACAAGACAGGUUCUGAUGUUCGUGGGGAUCCAGCUUCAGCGUUGCUAGAAGUUCUUGAUCCUGAACAAAAUAAAACAUUCAAUGAUCACUAUUUGAAUGUUCCGUUCGAUCUAUCCAAGGUAAUUUUUGUUGCUACAGCAAAUAGGGCACAACCUAUUCCUCCACCUCUCCUUGACAGGAUGGAAGUCAUCGAGCUUCCUGGGUAUACACCCGAGGAAAAGCUCAAAAUAGCCAUGCGGCAUUUAAUUCCAAGAGUUCUGGACCAACAUGGAUUGAGUUCUGAGUUUCUUCAAAUUCCAAAGGCGAUGGUGCAACUUGUUAUUCAGAGAUAUACUAGGGAAGCUGGUGUUCGAAGUUUGGAAAGGAAUCUAGCUGCCCUUGCUCGUGCUGCUGCAGUGAGAGUAGCAGAGCAAGAACAAGUAGUUCCACUUAGCAAAGGAGUAGAGGGACUUAGUACACCGCUUCUUGAAAACAGACUUGUCGAUAGCGCUGAAGUGGAAAUGGAAGUGAUACCAAUGGGUGUCAACAACCGUGACAUUUCAAACACAUUUAGGAUCACUUCUCCACUGGUUGUUGAUGAAACUAUGGUUGAAAAAGUGCUUGGGCCUCCAAAGUUUGAUGGAAGAGAAACAGCAGAACGUGUUGUAACCCCUGGGAUAUGUGUUGGGCUGGUUUGGACUACUUUUGGUGGAGAAGUUCAGUUUGUGGAGGCUUCAACAAUGGUAGGGAAGGGUGAAUUGCAUCUUACUGGACAACUUGGUGAUGUGAUCAAAGAAUCAGCUCAAAUUGCACUAACAUGGGUAAGAGCAAGGGCAGCUGAUCUCAAACUGACUUCUGCGGAGGGCAUUAAUCUGUUGGAGGGUCGUGAUAUACAUAUACAUUUUCCUGCAGGUGCAAUACCUAAAGAUGGGCCUUCAGCUGGUGUAACUUUGGUCACAGCAUUGGUUUCUCUUUUCAGUAAGAGAAAAGUGAGAUCUGAUACCGCUAUGACUGGAGAGAUGACGUUGAGGGGUCUAGUACUACCUGUCGGUGGUAUCAAGGAUAAGAUACUAGCUGCACAUCGGUAUGGUAUUAAGAGAGUCAUUCUACCUGAAAAGAACUUAAAGGACUUGGUUGAAGUACCACCAUCAGUGCUAGCCAAUUUGGAGAUACUGCUUGCAAAACGAAUGGAGGAUGUGUUAGAACAAGCUUUUGACAGUGGGUGUCCUUGGAGACAAAACUCAAAAUUGUAAUUGUAUCCUUGAAGACUCCAUCCUAAUUUAAUAUAUGUGACACGGUGGAGAGAGUAUUUCGAUCUAUUCAGCAGGCUGUGAUUAAGCAAAACUCUAGAAACCACCAGGUUGUAAGGGAGCUGACAUUUGCAUUUGUACAUGAUACUGCAUAUCACUGUGAACACUAAAAAGGGUUUCAGGACGGAGUAAAAACAUCAGGAACCCUUCUUGGUGUUCGUAGUGGUAUACUCUAUCAAGACACCACUCCAUAAUCUUUUUGUAAGUAUUUUUCUUUUGCUUUUGGCCAAGCUGUAUCUAUUCAACCUGAGAGAAUGUUGUCAUUACUCUCUCCUUUGUACUACCCUCUUCCCUGGCCUCAUUUGGUUGUGUUAAUUUUUUACCUGUGGCUAUUUUACUGUGCAUAAACCAUUAUUUUUUAUGAACAAUGAAGCACUUUAGCACUCUCUUAAA